AUCAUUGCUAUGUUUACUAUUUUCAAGUAAGAUGAAAGUUUGAACUUUUUGUAUUGUUCAUCUGUAUAUAUACUGUAAUUAUUCUAUAAUCGUAUAUAUCUAAAUAUGCCAUCGAGAGGUGAAGAUAUACUCAAAGGUUUUCAAGUUAAUUGGAUGAAUUUAAGGGAUGCCGAUAGUGGAAAGAUGUUGUGGCAAGGCAAUGAAGAUUUAUCUAUUCCUGACGUUGAACAUGAAGCACGAGUACCAAAAAAGAUUUUAAAAUGUCGUGCAGUAUCUAGAGAAAUUAAUUUCAGUUCUGCAGAACCAAUGGAAAGGUUUAGAUUAGAACAAAAAGUACUCUUCAAGGGCCGUUGUUUGGAGGAAUGGUUUUUUGAAUUUGGUUUUGUUAUUCCAAAUAGUACAAAUACAUGGCAGAGUUUGAUUCAAGCGGCUCCAGAAAGUCAAAUGAUGCCAGCUAAUGUAUUAAAUGGCAAUGUGGUAAUAGAAACAAAAUUUUUCGACGAUGACUUAUUAGUAUCAACUAGUCGUGUUCGACUGUUCUAUGUAUAAGAUGCUUGAUAUUUGGUCCAUAUUGGGAUCUGGGACCAAUCGUAUUAACAAUUUCAUCACACUUUUGCAAUAUGAUACAGGGUUCUUACUCUCUACAAUUCUAUCUUCAGAUGCACCUCCAAAGAUGAAAAUGAAUCAUAAAAAAUUUAUUCACAAUUUUAUAUCUAAUUCUGCAAUGCUAUGUGCACCAUUUUAUUUGUUACGUGCAUCAUGGUACAUUUUCUCUUGAAAAUAAGUUUUACUAUAUAAGAAAAAAUUUUGAUAAUUAAAUUACUUAAUGAUAUUCUAUUAUAAUUCUAAUAUAUACUAAGCACAGACACUGAAGUUUCACUCUUAAAGUAUUAUUAUAUUACAAACUUUGUGUAUAUAUUGGAAUACACUAAAAGAAAGACGAAUAAAUGUCGUAAGUAAUAAAAAU